AUGGAAGCCAUCGAAGAGGCCCGGCUUUUUGCACAAGGCAAAGUCCAUGAUCGUAUCGGGAGCAUCCGUGCAAGAACCCGAAGGUUAAGACAGCUGGAGGAGGAGGGGGAGCACCCUCCAUCCAUGUCGAAGGAAUGUGAUAAGGUAGAUGAGUCCAACCUCAAUCAGCGGCGAGCAUCAAGCCCGGUAACGAUGCAGGGUCAUUGCGCCGCAGAGCUCCAGUCCGAGUGCACCAGAGAUCGAAGCGCAGCUGGAAAGUGCCGGCCUCGACCACGGCGACUGUCAGAACCCGUGCUGGCAUUUUCCUUCAAGACACCUCGGGCACCAAAGCCGCUGUUGGAACGUGAUGGCUCUGUCAGCACCACCUUCCACUUGACUCUGCCACCUCCAAGUGCGACGAGACCGCAGCUGAACUUCAGGCUUGAGCGGCGUGCUGCCUGGAAGCCAUCACCUCCAGCUCGCCGGCUGUCGAGAGACUCUUCUGUGAGCUCGGCGAGAGGCUCCGCCUCCAAAGCGUGCGCACCCGUGAGGCAAGUGAGCCGAAGGGACACCUGGGGCGAGACAGGGUUCGCCGGUCUUCUGGGCAGCGAAUCAACGGAGUUCGGUGGCCUCGGUACGCAGAUGCAGGAGUCGAGACCCGACGACAAUCCUGACGGGACGGCCAGUCAAUGCUGUGCUGCACAGAUGCCACAAGGCGCAAAGCAUCAGGACUCCGAUCGAGACGGGCAUGAGCGUCAUGCUGCCAAGGAUGAGUGGCAAUUGGACAACGAUACCAGGGAGGAUGUUCGCCGGUUGUCUUCAGCGGAGCAUGCCAAGUGGAGGUCCAGCUUCAACCGGUACCGACAUGAUGGCGAAAUCCAUCUGGACGACUUGUCAAAGGCUUUAGCGCACUGUGGAUUUCGUGAUCGGCGGCCUGCACUAAUUGAAGAAGCGUGCAAACAAGUAACCCGCUUUGCAACGCUAGACCGAGACGAAUUCACGAGCUUCGUGUGCCUCUACGAGUCUGGGCUGUUAAAUCUCUACCGAGCUGAGUUCACCAAAUAUGAGGAUGCAGGCCACAUUGUAGUAGACAGCUUCGCGCCGUUGUUGAAAGAGCUUGGGCUGGAACCACGUCAGAUCGUCCUGGAUGAGCUUGUGGCGGAAGUCUGUGGCUGCGGGCAGCAGCUUCUAAGCUUUCCUGAUGUCGCGAACAUGAUGGAACUGCUUCGAGAGCGCGAAGGCUUUCGGCUGACGGAGCUAGAGAGAUUUCGCAAGGUCUUUCAAGACUUUGACAGCGAUGACUCUGGAGACAUGUCCGCAGGCGAACUUGUCAGCGCGAUGGGCUGGCUGGGGUUUCCGACUGCCAAUGAGCUGGUUCGUGACUUUUAUCAGACGAGCGACCUCAACGGCAACGGUGUCUUGAGCUUUUCCGAGUUUGUAAUUUUCUUGAGCCACAUCCAGGACCGAGAGCUGGUCUCGAUCCGUAAUUUCCUCGCCCUGAAGUCGAGGGAUGGCAAAAUCUCCACCUUGUUGGAGCUGGAGGCGGUGCUGCGUUGCCUGGGGUACUUCACCUCUACUGCCGCGAUUACCGAUGCUCUGCAGCAAGCCGGUUUUUGCACCAAAGCAGAGGUUGCCGUUCUCCGCCUGGAUUGGCAAGGCAUGCGACUCGAUGUCGAUGACAUCUGCGCUCUGCUGCAAUGCCUGCGAAGUAGGGAAGGUUUCACAGAUGCACAGAUGGAUGACCUGCGGCAGGCUUUCUGGCAAAGUGAGCCGAAGGAUGAAGACAGGAUUUCUACAAGUGGUGGGUUACACAAGACUCUGCGCUGGCUCGGGCACUGCCAUUCUUUCGAGCGUCUGCAGCAGCUGAUCUACGAGGUGGAUCCUGAAGGCAGCCAAUGCCUGGACUUCACAACGUUUGUGAAGCUGGUGCGAAAAUGCCGAGACUUUGAACGUGGAGCUUCUGUGGCUGCUUUCAAUGCGGCAGAUACGAGGAACACAGGGCUGCUCGACGAACAUGCUGCAGCCCUUGCUUUACAGAAGCUGGGGUUCGAGGAGGUCAAGCUGCCAGAUAAUUCGCGAGUUGGCAUGGAUCUCAACGACUUCUUGCUACUUGUGGCACGCCUAGAGAAGGAGAGACUGCGGUGCUUGCGCACAUACUUCAACUUCUCGCCGACAGAGCUUGGAAACUUGAGGAUGGAAUUCAACCGGGUUUCUAAGGACGGUUCAAGUGAGCUGAAGAGGCACGAGCUGCCGCGCCUAGUGGAGGUGCUCUUCCCGGUCUAUGCGCACUCUCCGGAGUUCCGUCCGAUCCUGGUCCGGCUACUGAAAGAGGUGAAGCUCGACGAGAGGCAGGCGGUCAAGUACAUGGAUUUCCUGCAGCUGAUCCGUACAAUCCGGGAUGAGACGGAGAAGCACCAAUGUCUGGUCUAUGCAGAGACCAUCCGGCGGCUUGAGUUCAGCUUUCGCGAAGCAUCUGAGUUUCUGUCCGUUUUUCUGUCCGCUUCCGAAGAAGCCCAGCGCAAGUUGUCAAGUGAAGACCUCGUCACGUUGUUCCAGCAAUGCUUCGACAUUUCAGAACGCGAGUGCCACCAGCUGCAUGAGUGCUUUCUGCUCAGCGCGAAGACUAUUCCGUCGAAGAGCCGUAGUGCGGCACCCCCGCAGUCGUGCAGCUUCACUGUGAAGAGACCCGAAGAAUCACAGAGCUUUCCUCCGAGCAUGGGCUUCCAGGGACCAAAGUCGUCAGAGGAGACCGGUAUGAACUUUUUGGACUUCCUCGAAAUCAUGCGCAGAGUCAUCGAAGCUGGACUUGGAGGUGCGCUGCUGCACAAAGGCAGCUUCAGAGCCCGGGCAGCUGAGCGGUAG